AUGGACCAAAAUAUCGAUUUGAAUAACUAUGUGUCGAUGUUAGACGCUAUAAUUAGUGUAUCUGAUCCUGAUAAGGUUAGUCCCAAAAAAAUACGUAAGGCUUUGGAACAACUGUUCUCUGUAUCAUUAGAGAAUAAAAAGAAAGAAGUCAAUGAGCUUAUUGUGGCGAGGUUCCAGAUUUUGCAAGCUGACCCUCAUAUAUUGGUAAGUAAUGAAGAAUUUCAAAACCUAAAGAUGAUAAGGGGAAACUAUGAUGCACUUCUGUCAUCCAAGUCAAUGGAAAAGAAGCACAAGUUAACUGAAUCUUCGAAAAAGACACGUAUACAAGUUAAGAAGAAAAAAAGCAAGAAAAGCUCUAAGGAUGGUGAGAAAAAAGUAGCCAAUCCUAAUUCAAAUGCCAUCAAUUCUAUGAAAUUGAGAUUAUCAGAUGAUCUCUACAAAUUCUUAGGAGAACGGGAACUCCCAAGAACUCAGGUUGUCAAGCAAGUUUGGGAUUAUAUUAAGGAACAUAACCUUCAAAGCCCCGAAGACCGUAGAGAAAUAAUAUGUGAUGAUAGGAUGAGGCCUAUAUUCGGUGACAAGAUGACGAUGUUCGCGCUGAAUAAGAUACUGUCAAAGCAUCUGACAAAAAUAGAGCCUAAGAGUGAGGAAGCUGAUAAUAGUAGACUAUCAGUAAAGCUAGAGGAUGGUACUCAAGCAUGA